AUGGCGCGUGAGAAUGCGCAUUGGUUUGAUCAGUACACAUGGGCAUUGUUCAAAGCCAUGUCACACAUGUUAUCCAUUGGUUACGGUCGUUAUCCACCAACAAGCUUGAACGAGGCCUGGGUAACCGUUGUCAGCAUGGUAACCGGUGCAACCGGAUACGCGUUAUUCGUUGGUCAUGCUGCAGCACUAAUUCAAUCUUUUGACUGUUCCAAACGCAUGUACCGUGAAAAGUUCAAGCAAGUUGACGAAUACAUGGCUUUUCGGAAGCUGCCCCGUGCACUUCGACAACGCAUUGCCAACUACUACGAGCAUCGAUAUCAAGGGAAAAUGUUCAAUGAGAACGAAAUACUAAAUGAAUUGUCCGAAUGUCUAAAAGAGCAAAUAAUCAAUUACAAUUGCCGGGCUCUUGUAGCCGCCGUUCCUUUUUUCACUUUUGCCGACCAAAACUUCGUUUCGGAGGUGGUGGUCAAACUGCGCUACGAAGUCUUUCAACCGGGUGAUCUAAUUAUCAAGGAAGGUACUAUUGGAUCUAAGAUGUACUUCAUUCAAGAAGGUAUCGUCGACAUUGUCACACGAGAUGGAGAAAUAGCCACCAGCCUGUCGGAUGGUUCGUAUUUUGGAGGUACUCUUAAAAACAAAAUAAACAAAAUCACACUCCAAUUUGAACAUGUUGUAUGA